UUUUGACUCGACCUGCGCCUAUCCCUUGUCGAGUUCGCUUUAACGACUUGUGUGCCCUACUGAGAAUACUAAACAUCGCUUAUUACAUCGCCCAUCAUGCCGCCUCCGCCGCAUAUCAAACCUGAAAAUGUCCUGAAAAGGGCCCAGGAACUUAUCGCCGUGGGCCAGGCUCCGGCCGCCCUGACCGUCCUCCACGAACAUGCUACGUCCAAGCGGACGCGCAGCAGCCCGAUCGCGUCUCUCGAGCCGGUCAUGCUCCUCUUUGUUGAGCUGUGCGUCGAUCUCCGCAAAGGUAAGGCUGCCAAGGAUGGCCUGUAUCAGUACAAAAACAUCGCUCAGAACUCCAAUGUGGGAACUAUCGAGAUCGUUCUCAAGAAGUUCAUCGAGCUUGCGGAGAAGAAGGUGACUGAGGCCCAGGCUAAGGCCGAUGAGAUUCAGUCAUCCCUCGAGUCGGCCGCUCCCUCGUCCAACGUUGAAGAUCUGGAAGCAAUCGAGACCCCCGAGACUAUUCUCCUUGCUACCGUUUCUGGUGAGCAGUCCCGUGACCGAACCGACCGUGCCGUGGUUACCCCAUGGCUCAAGUUCCUGUGGGAGACGUACCGAACUGUUUUGGAGAUCCUGAAGAACAACGCUCGCUUGGAGAUCAUGUACCAGACCACCGCUCUACAGGCUUUCCAGUUCUGCUUGAAGUACACCCGCAAGACCGAGUUCCGCAGACUCUGCGAACUUCUCCGCAACCAUGUUCAGAACGCCGCCAAGUACUCUGCCCAGAUGCACGCUAUUAACCUCAGCGACCCGGAUACUCUGCAGCGUCACUUGGACACUAGGUUCCAGCAGCUUAACGUUGCCGUGGAGCUGGAACUCUGGCAGGAAGCUUUCCGCAGCAUCGAGGAUAUCCAUACUCUCUUGAGCCUCAGCAAGCGCCCCGCUAAGAACGUUAUGAUGGCCAACUACUACGAGAAGCUGGCUCGUAUUUUCCUUGUUAGCGAGAACUAUCUAUUCCACGCUGCUGCCUGGAGCCGUUACUACAACCUCCUCCGUCAAUCCGCCGUCACACUUUCCACCAACCAGGGUUCCAAGAAGGACCACCCUUCAGUUACCGAGGCCGAUAUGACGAAGGCCGCUUCCUUUGUUCUUCUAUCUGCCCUGGCCAUCCCCGUCAUCAGCACGUCUCGCUCGCGGGGCGCGCUAAUUGACGUGGACGAGGUCCGUAAGAACAAGAACACUCGUCUCACUAACCUGCUCGGAAUGUUGCAAAGCCCCACUCGUGCUGUCCUAUUCAGAGAUGCCCUGAACAAGGGCUUGCUCAAGCGUGUCCGCCCCGAGAUUCGUGAACUUUACAACAUUCUGGAAGUUGACUUCCACCCCCUGUCUAUCUGUAAGAAGGUCACCCCCAUCCUCAAGAAGAUCGGUGAUGAUCCCGAGAUGGAGAAGUAUGUUGUCCCUCUACAGCAGGUCAUCCUCACCCGUCUCUUCCAGCAGCUCUCGCAGGUCUACGAGUCGGUUGAGCUUAAGUUCGUUUACGAACUUGCUCAGUUCCCCGACCCCUUCCAGAUUACUCCUUCCAUGAUUGAAAAGUUCAUCAUGAACGGUUGCAAGAAGGGUGACCUUGCCAUUCGUGUCGACCACAUCUCCGGUGUCCUCACCUUUGACACCGACGUUUUCUCAUCCGCCAAGGCUUUGCACUCUGGCAGCGCUGCCGGUUCCGCAGAAAGCGAACUCGGCUCGGUACAGCGUCUCCAGAACACCCCUGCUGAAAUUGCCCGCCUGCAGCUCACCCGUCUGGCUAAGACCCUUCACGUCACAUGCAUGUAUGUCGACCCGUCAUACAACGACUCUCGUCUCCAAGCCAAGCAGGCCGCUCUUACUCGCGCUGCGGCUGGUGCUGCCAAGGAACACGAGGACACUCUCGAACGUCGUGUCAUCAUUGAGAAGAAGAAGGAGGCUGCUACAGAUGCCCUGCAGCGCAAGCAAAAGGAGGAGGAAACUCGCAAGCGCAUCCGCACACAGCAACUCCAGGAGGCUGAGAAGCAGCGACUUGCUGAAGAGCAGCGUGAGCGCGAGCUGAAGCGCAUCAAGGAUGAGCAAGACCGCAUCCGUCAGCAGGAACUCAAGAAGCAACUUGAAGAACUGAAGAGCGGCGUCAAGGGUAUUGAUCUCAAUGAAAUCGACCUGGAGGAUCUCGAUGCCAACCGCCUCCGUGCCAUUAAGCUUGCGCAGUUAGAGAAGGAGAAGAACGAGCUUACUGAGCGCGUCCGGGCCACUGGCAAGCGUAUUGAUCACUUGGAGCGUGCUUUCCGUCGUGAGGAACUGAAGCACAUUGCUGAGGAUUAUGAAGCUCAAAAGAAGGUUGAUAUGGAAAUUUACGAGCGCCAGAAGGCCCAGACUCUUGCCGAGGCCGAGGCCAAGCAUAAGGAAGCUGUUGCUCUCAAGCACCGUCUCAGCCGCCUUAUUCCUGUGUUCAGCAGCUUCCGUAAGGAAGUUUCAGAGAAGCGUCACGAGGAGUUUGAGAAGCGUCGCAAGGCCGCCGAGAGAGAGUUUGAAGCCAAGAAGAAGCAGCGCGUCAAGGAAGUUCAAGAACGCAGACGCCGCGAGAAAAUCGAGCGCGAAAACGCCGAGCGUGCCAAGAGGGAGGAAGAAGAGCGCAUCAAGCGCGAGGAGGAGGAACGUGCUGCUAGAGAUGCAGAGCGCCGCCGCAUCCUGGCCGAAGAGAAGGCCAAACGUGAGGAAGAGAGAGCUAAAAUGGAUGAAAUUGCCGCCAAGCAGAGACAGCGUGAGGAGGAAGCAGAAGCUCGCCUCCGCGCCAAGCGAGCUGGCCUCUCAGAGCCUCCCCGUACAGAGUCUGAAGUCCGUACUGCUCCUCGUCUUAACAUUGCUCCUCGCACUAGCGGUGGCCCUAGCUGGCGUGAGCGUCAAGCCGCUAAGGAAGCCGCCGGUGGCGCUGCCCCUGAGGCGCCCAAGGCCGAGCCUGAGCCUCCACGACGAACUGGCGGCUACGUGCCCCCUCACGCUCGCGGUGGCUCUGACGCCGCCCCUCCCGCGGGCAACCGCUACGUGCCCCCCAGCCAGCGCUCCUCCCAGCCGCCCUCCCGCACACAAACCCCGCCAACUUCGUCCCCUAAGCCUGAAGAACCCAAACCUCUUGCCAGCGGUACCGGUGGGAAGUGGGUGCCUAGAUGGAAACAGCAGCAACAAAACCAGUAG